AUGGAAUGGGGCACUAAAGAGCCCAAUAGAAACUUAUGGUCCUCGAGAUUAUGUCGACGUUAUGCACCCAAGUCACAGAUGUUUUACAAGAGCCAGUCCAUUUCUGCUUAUUCCAGUUUUUAUGGACGGGUUGUGCCAGAAUCCCAGCUUUGUCCAGGCCGGAUACCAGGAAGAAAGGGCUAUGAUGCCACGUGUGAUGUCAUUCAGGCUAAAUCGGUAAGUCUUGAACUUUGAAC